AUGGAACACCAGGAGAAAGUUUCAGUCCCUGUCUUUACAGGACUGGAUAAAGACAAUUUUCCACGAGACAUUUAUCCAAUUCGAAGACCAGUGGUGCUGAGAGAUGUAGGUCUUGGACCAUGCCUGGACAAGUGGACAGUGGAGUACCUUAGGCAGAAAGGUAGUUAUUGUGAAGUGAAUGUUCAUGUAUCCACUGUCCCACAGGUGAACUUCCUACACAAAAACGUUGUUUACAGUUGUCCCACCCAGGUGACAGGGAGGAAGCCUGUGGUACUCUACAGCCCCCAGGAUGCAUUGCACCUCUACCUGUCAGGUGACAAAUCUGAGGUUCUGGACAUAGACUCUCCAGACCUGGGGCGGUUCCCGGAGUUUGUGAAGGCUCGGCGGUACGAGUGUAUGCUGGAACCUGGAGACUUGCUCUUCAUCCCCGCCCUGUGGUUCCAUAACACCCUGACGUUGUUUGGCGUGGGUCUCAACAUUUUCUGGCGCCACCUGCCUGCAGAAAGUUAUGACAAGAAAGAACCCUAUGGUAAUAAGGACCCUGUGGCAGCCGCUCGGGCCUUUCAGGCACUGGAGAGGGCACUACACAUUCUGAACAAACUGCAGCCGGACUAUCAGGACUUCUACGUCUGCCGCAUGGUUCUAUGCAUCCAGAGCCUUGCAUACUCCUCCCUGCCCGCUAGGGUGGCACGGGGCAAGUCGGAGACUACGUUUCCCUGCAGCCCACUAGCUCAUCCGGCUGAGGAUGCUCCUCUGAAACUCAGUCCGUGUACAGAAACAAUCUCUACCCCCUAG